CAUUUCUACUAUAUAAGCCCUAAACUUCAUUACAGCCAGCCUCCUUUCUCUCUCAGCUCGCUUUCCAAUCGUUCUUCACAAUUAUCCAAGUUCAAGAUCUGUUUUCGAAUUUUAAAUGGCCAUUUCUCAAUUAAAGCCCAGAUUUUCGUGAUUCGUUGCUCAAUUCGAACUACUUCUGUUUCAAUUAUAUUGCUGUCUGCUGCUUUGAGAUAUCAAGAUGCCAAAGGAGAGAAGAGAUUGUACCACAUCUCGGUCAAGAACAUCCCCAUUUCCAUGUGGAUCUAGUCCUUCAUUGUUAUCAUUAAUAAAAAAUCCUUUAGAGAAUGAGGAGCAUGUCAAAGAAUGGGAGGAGGCUCGGUGCCCCGUGUGUAUGGAACAUCCUCAUAAUGCAAUCUUGCUUCUGUGUUCAUCUCAUGGUAAAGGUUGCCGCCCUUUUAUGUGUGACACAAGCUAUCGCCACUCCAACUGUUUUGACCAGUUCUGCAAGUCAUUUGGUAAAACCCCUCCAACAGUGCCUCAGCAAGAAGAAACUUCACCUUCAAGUGCAACCGACUUGCCAACACAUGGUAUGACUCUUGACGAAGGUAGUCCUGCUUCUCAAGGUGAAAUGAUCGAGUCUGGACUGACACACGCUACUGAUUGUGAAGACAAAGUGAAGGGGAAGCUGGUUUGCCCUCUUUGUCGUGGAGGCAUAAAUGGGUGGAUGGUUGUGGAACCUGCUCGCGUCUUUAUGAAUGCAAAAUUGAGAAGCUGCGCCUGUGAGACGUGUGAGUUCAGUGGCACAUAUUCAGAUUUGAGGAAGCAUGCAAGACUUGCACACCCACUUGUGCGGCCAUCAGAGGCAGAUCCAGAGAGACAGCGUGACUGGAGGAGGCUGGAGCGUCAAAGGGAUCUUGGAGAUUUAAUCAGCACGCUGCAAUCUUCUAUUGGGGAAGAGAGGAGUGAGGAUAGUGCUUUCUCUCUGGAUGAACGUGGCUUGCUAACAGUAUUUUUCCUUGUCCGAGUGUUCCAACCUGGCAAUGUCUCAAGAAGCAGCAGCUGGUCCGGUACAUCAAGGGUACCAAGGGCGCAUGUAACUGUGAGGAGGAGGUCAACUAGAACACUUUGGGGAGAGAGCAUUGAUGCGGAUUCCCUGGAACAAGACAAUGAUACCUCUGAUGGGGCAUCAGGCCCCAGCAGGUCUCAAGAGUAAAACUAUCUGAAAGCCAAGAUCAGGCCUCGAGAACAAGUUAUGGAGCCACAUGAUGAAUUAUAAUGCAAGCUAAUAAAUGUGCUUGAUUGUUUUCUUUGAAGCACUGCCUUGUUUGAGUGUCUUAGCCUUCUUUUGCCUGCUCGUCUCCAAAUUGUAUCUUAUUGGAGACUAUUUAUCAGUAGCUUUUGUUACAGGUGAAACAGAAAGAGAAGAAAUCUUAAAUUAUAUGAGCAAGUCUAUAUGAAAUGUAAUUAUUUCUCUUCAUAAUUGAAUCCUUGAUCAAGUAACGUUUGGUGGAUCAGGUAUAAUAUAUUUUUUUGCCUUGCCUUGUGCUAA